ACGUGAACGUGACCGUUAGUGAGUGCGCAGUGAGAGCAGCGCUGAAAUUCAAAUUUUGAACAGCAGCAGAAGUAGCAGCAGUAGUGUGUGUGUUUGUGUGUGAGUGUAGAAGGGAAUUUAAAAAGAUUUGUCCUCAGUUAGGUUAUAGAGAGAGGAAAGCGGGGUGUAACAGUGUUAUUUAGCUUGAGUUUGGGAUUAAACUACUCCGGAAUGGACCCGUUCACCGAGAAACUGUUAGAGCGCACGCGAGCUCGCAGGGAGAAUCUUCAGAAGAAGAUGGCGGAGAGACCCACAGCAGCCAAUCGACAAAUGACCAAGAGGUCAAGAGAGCCACUGACAGAGACAAACAGUGUCGUCAGUCAGCCACCAGCUGAAAAAGUACUUCCCCCUUCCAAACCCUCUCCUUCUAAGCGUCGCUGCUCAGAGGAGAAUGCUCGUUUCACUGGAGAGGAGAACAAGGAGCCCAUGGCUCUUCAGGUCACAGCUUCAGAUCCCGCAACGGACAAGAAGCCCCCCAUUGCACCAAGCAGUAUCCGCUCAGCCACAGCGGAGAGACUGGCUGUCCAUUCUAGCUCAGACUCGAGCACAGGGCUUGCACACCCUCCUCCAGGCAAUGAGAAAAUGGAGGCUUGUCCUUCACAGACCAUAACAGGAUGCACAGAUAAGGUGAUAAAGCACUCUAUGAUGGAGGAAAGCAGCGAAGCUCUCAAAGGCGAUCCUGCUCCCACUCCAGCUGCCAGCGGCAUGAAAUGUCGUCUACAGAGACUGGCAGAACAGAGGCACUACUGGGACUCAGAGGGUAGCUUUGAGCCGGUCCCCAACAGUGCAGCCCUGUCCCCUGUUAAAUCCCAGAGGAUGGAGAUUGCUACUAAUCCAGCUCCAGCCAUCACAUCAGAGAAGCCAUUAGGCAGGAAGGGCAGACUGGCAAACCUUGCUGCGACAAUAAGUUCCUGGGAAGAUGAUCUUGGGCAUCCACCCACUUACAGAGACAAUGCACAAGGGCAGCCUGGCACGGCCUGUGUUCCUCCUCCAGCACGUGUGGGAAUGAACACCAGUGUCAAGACCAGUGCUGCUGCACAGCAAGCUAAGUCUAUCCAGCCGGUUGCUAGCAAGCCUGUGCACAGCGCUCAGCAGCCACCAGUCUAUUCUCCAGUCAGAUCAUCCAGGGUGAUUCCUCCAAGCCCACAGAAGACUGAGAUGCCUGAGCCAAAACUGGCUAAAGGACACCUCUCCCCUGCAUCCAGCCCCCUGAAGAGUUUCUCUAGUCAGCACUCCACCCCAGUCAAAUCUGGAAGAGUCCCGUCUUCUCCUCAGACUAGCCAGUGUUCCCAAAGCCCUCUGAAAACUCAGGCCCCAUGCAAAGAACUAGGACCAGGAAAAGUUGUUAAUGCAAGUCCUGCAAAAACAAACGUUCCUGCCAACUCUUCCUCCAGUGUAGUGCUCCCUCAGGCUACUGAGAGGCUGAACAAGGAUACAACACCCCUACAGAAAAGUGGCCCAGUUGGACCUGCUGGGGGUGUUAAGUCAUUUUUGGAGCGUUUUGGGGAAAAGUGCCAAGAACGUAAUCAGGGUUCUCCUCUUAACGGUGUGGGUCUGGCUCGUACACCUGCUGCUACACCGUCAUCCACUCACAAAUCGAGACUGCUUCAGGAGAGGCUUACUGUCACACACGGAGCUUCCAGUACUACCCUCCUCACUCAGAAGCAGAAAAUGGAACGUGAGGCAGAAUUGGCACAGGUUCGCAGUCGAUUUCAGAACAGCAAGAUGUCGAAAAGCAGAGAGGAUCUCACAGAGGACACAAAUAACUCGGAAUCUAAGGAGUUGGAAGAACCCAAUAAAAAGUCUGUCCCAGUCCUUAACGAUGAGCCAUUGGCACCACAGCUGGAUAUUCUGCACACGAAAUUCAGUGAAAAUGAAACAUCAAAUAUAAAGCCUGUCCUAUCAAGCCCAAUGAAGAAGGUUGAUGUUCCUCUAGAAAAAGCAGGAAUGGAUGAGCAAAGAGAAAAAGUUCCUCUUGAUUUUGUAGAAACAGAGGAGGAGAUACAUGAGAUCGAGAUGAAUGUAGAUGGCUCCAUUAACUCUGAGGUCAUUAACCAUCUUUUUGAAGAUGUUUUGGAGGAGAAUGAUGAGCAUGAUGCUGAAGAAGAUGAGGAGGAAGAUGCUCUAAACAUCUCCUCCAUGUCUCUCCUCACCCCGCUGGCAGAGACUGUAGCCGCUGUGGUCAAGAGCCCUGAGAGGAAAGUCAUGACAUCAACCCCAGCCAGCUCAUUUAUUGAGAAAAAUAAGACUCCUGAAGGUGUUUCCAGGCCCACAAAAUUCCAAAGGACACGAAUGCUUCGCGCUGGCUCUUCUGACAGCAUUGAGACCCUAGAAGAAGAGCACAAACUUCCCUACAGCAUUGAUGCAUACAGAUCAACCAGAGUGAAAGAGACCGAGAGACCUGAGGUGAAACAGGUGAUUGUGAGGAAGGAAGAUGUGUCACAAAGAAUGGAAGAGCCACGGAAUACCAGUCACACUAGCAUUAAACAAAAGAUGCAGGUUUUGACCAAUGAGAUGAACAUGCAGCAGACAGUGAUCCAUCAAGCCAGUCAGGCAUUGAACUGCUGCACAGACGAGGAGCAUGGAAAGGGCUCUCAGGUGGAGGCUGAAGCUGAGAGGCUGCUGCUUAUAGCCACUGAGAGGAGGGUGGCUCUGAAAGCUGCGCUGGAUCGGCUGAAGGCAGAGGGACCAGCAGUUCAGAAGAAAAGCUCUUCCAAAGCCCAGGAUGACAUGGGCGUGCCUGCCUCCAAGGGCUCCAUCACACUGCAGGAGCUUCGAUUACCUCUUAAGGCCGACUUUGUCUGUUCCGCCGCUAAUAAGCCUGAAUCUGGAAGCCAUUACUUCUUUGUGAUGAUCCGUGCUGGAGCUGAAAAUACAGUUGCUACUCCUCUGGCCAACACCAACAAUGCACUCAGUGGGGAUGCCUUGACCUUUUCCACCAAGUUCACUCUGCCUGAUGUAUCCAGUGACUUUGAGAUUGAUAUUGAGGUUUACUAUCUUGUUCUGAAACGUGAGCUGUUCGCUGAUAAAAGAAAGAAGCCCGCUAAGUCCAAGGCAAUCACCCCCAAGAGAUUCCUUGCUAUCACUAAAAGCAAUCUACAAACACCUGUAGUGGCAAGCCCUGGGGGUCCGAAUGCAGUGCGCACCAGCAACUUUGCUCUUGUUGGAUCACACAAGUUAACCUUGGCUGCUAUUGGAAAAAACAAAUUUCCUCUGGAAAAGAUCAGAUAUGAAGGGUGUGAGAGCAGGCUUCUCAGUGACAUGUUUCAGAAUAAGGUGCCUUUUCUGUGUCCUUUGGAAGGCCAUAUUUACCUCAAGAUGCAGUGUGAGGUCGACUCGCAUGUGCAGGAAAGGGGCUUUUUGACCAUGUUUGAAGAUGUCAGUGGCUUUGGAGCCUGGCACAGGAGAUGGUGUGUCCUCUCAGGGUACUGCAUCUCCUACUGGACUUAUCCUGAUGAUGAAAAACGCAAGAAUCCUAUUGGUCGUAUCAAUUUGGCAAGCUGUACAAGUCGUAAAGUGGAGCCUGCUAACCGUGAGUUCUGUGCCCGGCCCAACACCUUUGAACUGAUUACAGUGAGACCACAAAGGGACGAUGACAAAGAAACUCUGGUCAGCCAGUGCAAGAACACCAUGUGUGUCACAAAGAACUGGCUUAGUGCUGACACAAAAGAAGAGAGAAAUCUGUGGAUGCGGAAGCUCAAUCAAAUCCUAGUGGACCUGCGCAUGUGGCAGCCAGACUCGUGUUACAGGCCAGUGUGACCCUGCCAGAAAAAGAUCAUAGGCUCUCAUUCUACAUCAAACUGUUUGCUGAGAAGUGCAAUACAAUAUCAAAGUUACAAAACGUUUACAGUGGAAUAUAAAGUUAAGGAAGUGUAUAUUUGAGUGAAGUCAUGGACAUGGGAGAUUAAAAUUUAAUAAAGCAAUGCUCAACAUUUAAGCAUUUCGUAGAAGAGAAUAAUCCACCUCACAUUUUUUGUAAAGGGUACAUGCUGAUGUUUAGAGCAACUAAAUGUUGACUGUACAACUUAACAUCAUGAACCUGAACAGUGUAUUGAAUUAUAAAUCACAAAUGACUGUUUACAAUAUCGAAAAGAAAGCCAUGUGUUGGUUCAUGGUUAAUGAAAUCAGUGACACACUUUGUAGGGUUUCUCUUAAAUACAGGAAGCAAGAUUUAGUUUGAUUGGCAUAGUUACUGCAGUUUAAAGCUCUAGACUAUACUGAACAAUUUCCUCAAUAAAAUGCAGUUGGCUUGCAUUCAGAUAUGUAAAAUUUCUGCUUCAAUCUUUAUAUUUAAACCAGGUUUUGCUGAACUGCCAAUAUGUGUGCUGUAAUAAAAUAUGAAAAUAGUAACCGCUUCAGUUAUAGUGGAAUAAUGUUUACACAGUAACAUAAGCCACACUAAAGCAUUUUUAGUAUAUUAUUUUCAGCAGUGCUCAAUAUAAUCAUAAAACAUAGGACAGUGUUUAUUUAAUAUUAACGCUGGAGUGUUUGCUACACACAAUAUGUUGAGAACUACAUGUCUUGGAUUUUAUUAAUACAAUGUCAAGCUUCAUGCUUACAUCUUAGAUAUAUUUUAGUUUUAUGGUGUUACUAUACCUUAGUAUAUUUGUAAAUACUGAGAGCAUGUCAUUUAUAUAUAAUCAGGAGGGUUGUUUUGCUUUUAUUCAGGGAACUUUUAUUCUAGUUUUAUAUAUAUUCUCUGUGGGUUGAACAAUGUCAAAGUACUUUAUAAACAUUUCAUGUAUGAACAGUUGAAUUCGGCUGGUCAACAAGGCUGACGAUGGACGUCGGAACUGUUUUUCACUUUAUUUUAUUAAAUUUAUUUUUGCGUGAUCAGUUAACUUUAAGAUGCUUUAUAAUGCAGAGUGCCAAGACUGUAUUCUUAGCUGCUGAAACUACUAAAGUGCACACUUAAUGUCAAUAGCUGCUUUAACUGUUUUAUCUUGCAGUAGAUCUUUUAAGACAAAAGAUCUACAUCACACCAGUUUCACUUUGAGUGUAUGUGAACUAUGUAGACACAUAUAGUUUUUGUUGUUGACACAAAGCAGACAAUGGCUUUUUUUCCUUUAUUACUAGCAUUUUCUUCUAUUAAUAUGGCUUAAAUGCACAUAGAUGCCUGCUUAAAAGCCUUAACACUAUGUUGUGAUUUGCUGUGACUAGUGGACAAAUUUAUUAAGGCACUUGAGUAUGCUUCUUGGUUUCCCACCCUGUUUUAAACACUCCAAAUGUAGUGUCAAGAAAUAUGCAGUGCUGACACUCCAAUAAAAGCCAGCAGCUUUAACCAA